AUACUGUAACGCUUGACGCAUUCCAAACGCACAGAUUAUCACAUAUAUCAGUUUUAGAGCUCAGCAGCAAUAUAUGUCAUGUUUAUUUCUGCGGAGCCAUAUUUCUGUCAGCUUACUACCGGUAUGCACGGUAAAAAGGGCAAACUUGGGGGGCUGUCUUUGCGCGCGGUGCGCCGCCCAACCGGAGAUGCGCGAGCGAGCGGGCACUGGCUCAUUCGCUCUCGUGCGGACACCGGAGUCAGCGAGGCAUGUGUCUGGACACCGGCGUUUCUGUUACAUAAAAAAGACACUCACAGAAACGAUACACCUGAGCGUUUUCUAUACCCACCGGCUGUCAUUUGCCAACGCGCCGUCAGUUGUUUGAAUUUCCACCUCACGCAGGAUUGCAGCGACCUGCUUCUCGUAAACAUUCGUGAAUGGAAAGCGACUGCAGAAAAGACAUACAUCUUUCCAAACGCUUAUCGAAGCCUCUGCAGUUUUGUGAUUGAUUAGCUGGAUCCCCUUGCGUCCUUUGAAGGAAGAUGGAGACCUUCUUCGCAGAGGGUUCUCGAGUGUGGGUGAAUCAUAAAGAUCAGCUGCUUCCCUCUACAGUGAACUCAUGUGGAGAUGGAAACCUGGUGCUCACCACCGACUACGGCGAGGUGGUGUACCUGCAGCAGGCGGAGGUGAACAGGGAGAAGGUGUCUGCUAUGCACCAGAGCAGCAUUGAUGGAGUGGAGGACAUGUCCACGCUGGCAGAGCUCCACGAGGCCGCCAUCAUGCACAACCUUCAUCAGCGAUACCAGAAAGACAACAUCUACACUAAUAUAGGUUCUAUCCUGGCAGCUGUGAAUCCCUAUAAGCAGAUCAAAGGGCUGUAUGAUCUCUCGGCAGUGGAGCUGUACAGUCAGCAUCAUCUGGGCGAGUUGCCGCCACACAUCUUUGCUAUCGCCAAUGAGUGUUACCGCUGCUUAUGGAAGAGACAUGAUAGCCAGUGUGUGCUGAUCAGUGGAGAAAGUGGCGCUGGGAAAACAGAAAGCACCAAACUACUGCUGCAGUUCUUGUCUGUCAUGAGCCAAAACUCUGCGGGGACGCCACCAACCGAGAAGAGCACGCGUGUGGAGCAGGCUAUCGUCCAGAGCAGCCCCAUCAUGGAAGCCUUUGGAAAUGCCAAAACAGUUUACAACAACAACUCCAGUCGCUUUGGGAAAUUCAUUCAGCUUCAUUUCUCUCAAAGCGGGAACAUUCAGGGAGGAUGCAUCGUUGACUAUUUACUUGAAAAGAAUCGAGUGGUAAGGCAGAAUCCAGGAGAGAGGAACUACCAUAUAUUUUAUGCUUUGCUGGCUGGGGCUAGUAAAAGCGAAAAGGAAACAUAUUUUCUGGAAGACUCCCCGGAGUUAUUUCAUUACUUGAGUCAGUCAGGAUGUGUGAAGGACCGCAGUCUCGAUGACAAGAAGCUUUUUGAUGAUGUCAUGGAGGCUCUGAAGGUGAUGGAGUUCACGGAGGAAGAAAUCAGAGAUAUGUUUAAAUUGCUCUCUGGAGUCCUACAGCUUGGCAAUGUGGAGUUCAUGACAGCAGGGGGCGCACAGAUCACCACCAAACAGGUUGUCACUAAUGUAAGUGAGCUCCUGGGCCUGGACUGUUUUCAGUUGUCUGAGGUUCUGACCCAGCGAUCCAUGAUCCUUAGGGGAGAAGAGAUCUGCUCUCCGCUUACAGUGGAACAGGCAAUCGAUUCCCGGGAUUCGGUUGCCAUGGCGCUUUAUUCUCAGUGCUUCUCGUGGAUCAUAAUGCGGAUUAAUCAGAAAAUAAAGGGCAAAGAUAACUUCAAGUCUAUAGGAAUCCUGGACAUCUUUGGCUUUGAGAACUUUGAGGUCAACCGUUUUGAGCAGUUCAACAUUAAUUACGCCAAUGAGAAACUUCAAGAAUAUUUCAACAAACACAUCUUCUCUUUGGAGCAACUGGAGUACAACAGGGAAGGAAUUCAUUGGGAAGCCAUUGACUGGAUGGACAAUGCAGAAUGUCUGGAUCUGAUCGAGAAGAAAUUGGGCAUGUUAGCUUUGGUUAAUGAGGAGAGCAGAUUUCCCAAAGGCACUGACUUCACCUUGCUGGAGAAACUACACGGCAGACACUCUACUAAUCCAUACUAUGUGAAACCCAGACUGGCAGACCAUCAGUUUGGGAUAAAACAUUACGCUGGAGAGGUCUUGUAUGAUGUAAGGGGGAUUUUAGAGAAAAACAGAGACACAUUUAGAGAUGAUAUAUUGAACAUGCUGAAGGAUAGCAGGCUGGAUUUCAUCUAUGACUUGUUUGAGCAAGUGAGCAGCAGAAAUAACGAGGAGACCUUGAAGAUGGGCACGGCCAGAAAAAAGCCCACCGUCAGCUCUCAGUUCAGAGACUCUCUUCAUUCCCUAAUGGCCACUCUCAGUGUGUCCAAUCCCUUCUUUGUGCGUUGCAUCAAACCAAACAUGGACAAAACACCAAACAAGUUUGACCCAGAAGUGGUUCUUAAUCAGCUGCGGUACUCUGGCAUGCUGGAGACAGUGAAGAUUCGCAGAGCCGGAUUCCCUGUCAGACGCACAUUUAAAGACUUCUUCACCAGGUAUAAGAUAAUUCUAAAGGAGAAGGAAAAAGCAGCUGUGGCUUCCAAUGGAGAUGACAAAAAGAAGAGCACGGAUUUGCUGACAAUCCACGACAAGACCAAGAAAGAGUGGCAGUUUGGGAAAACCAAGGUUUUCCUAAAGGAAACCCUGGAACAGAAGCUGGAGAAGCAGAGAGAUGAAGUGCGAAGCAAAGCUGGCCUGAUCAUACGAGCAUACCUUCUAAGAUAUAUUGCAAGAAAGGACUUUAAGAAGGCUCUGGAGAGCAUUGUGACCAUCCAGAAGAACUACCGCACUCAUCUCUAUCGACGGAGGUUUCAGCGGAAACGCUCUGCUGCGCUGGUCCUUCAGAAGCACAGGAGAGGGCAAGUGGCAAGAGGAGUCUGCCGUAAACUACGAGACGAGAAGAAGAAGAGAGAGGAGGAGGAAAGGAAAAAGAAAGAGGAGCAGGAGAAGAAAACAGAGGGAGAUCGUGAAAAGAAAAAUGAAGAGGAAGACGAGGCUGAGUCUCCACGCACUGUUGAGGAGGAUACCCGCCAGAUGGAGGAAAUCUUGCGUUUGGAGCGAGAGAUUGAGAUUCUGCAGAAGAAAAGAGAAGACAGUGUGUCCACGCUUUGUGAGAGCUCCAAACAGGAACUCCGCUUGCGCCGUGAUGCCGAGGUCCUGCGACAGAAAAAAGCAGCAUCUCGUGUGGCCACUGAAUUCCUUGAACUCCUUGACACUGGAGGCCCUGAAGUCAUCCCUGGGGAUCCUAAACAAGCUGCUUCCAGAUCGGCAACAGCCACUGAGGAAGAGGUAGACGAAGGCUUUCACGCAGAGGAAGAGUGCAUACCACUUCCAGAGUUCCCUCCGCCAGCAGAAGGUCCAGUGGAUCAGGAGAUCUUAGCCACUUUACCGCCUCCUCCUGCUGCAUUCGCUGAGGGCACGGUGGCUCCAUCAGCACCCAACGUUCCACCUGGAGCUCCUCCUCCACCUUCUCCUCCUCCACCUCCUCCUCUUCCUGGCGAAACCAAAAAGGAAGAGGGCAAGCCUGAGGAGGCUAAAACAGAUAAAGAGGUGGAUGGGAAAAAGGAGGGUGAGGAUGUGGACCGCACCAGCAGGCUGACGGCAGCAGAGUCUCUGCCGGACACUGAGGAACCCAUCUACAGUGUACCAGGGGAUGGAGAGUCGGACUACGACCAAGAUGAUCUGGAGGAUGGGCAGAGCAGCAUUGCAGCGACGGACGGAGAACAUGCACGCAAGUCCACCUGCACCAACGCAAGCCAGGAAUCCUACAACCGCAGCUCAGAUUCAUAUGCUGAGAGCGAUGAUGAGCAUGAUGGGUACGUGGACACAGAUGAAGAGGUGUCCAAUGGAAAAGUCAACAUCUUGAAUGGGAACGGACCUCCAUACUUCCACAGUUACCUUUACAUGAAGGCUGGGUUGAUGAUCCCAUGGCGGAGGCGUUGGUGUGUCCUUAAAGACGAAACCUUCAUGUGGUUUCGCUCUAAACAGGAGUCGUUGAAGUCAGGCUGGCUGUACAAGAAGGGCGGCGGUCUGUCCACUCUCUCCCGCAGAAACUGGAAGAUGCGCUGGUUCGUUCUGCGCGACUCCAAGCUCAUGUACUUCGAGAAUGACAGCGAGGAGAAGCUGAAAGGAACAAUCGACAUUCGUGCAGCCAAGGAGAUAGUGGAUAAUCAUGAGAAGGAGAAUGCUCUGAAUAUUGUGACCGAUGAGAGAACGUACCAGGUGUUUGCUGAGUCUCCAGAGGAUGCCAGCGGCUGGUUCACCAUGUUGAGUCGGGUCCACAAUGCCUCCCCAGAGCAGCUGCUGGAGAUGUCCCAUGAGCAGGCCAACCCAAAGAACGCUGUGGGCACACUGGAUGUUGGAUUGAUCGAUUCGGUUUGUGCUUCAGACAAUCCUGACCGGCCCAACUCCUUUGUCAUCAUCACAGCCAAUCGUGUGAUCCACUGUAACUCAGACCUGCCAGAAGAGAUGCAUCACUGGAUCAGCCUGCUGCAAAAACCCAAAGGAGACUCGAAGAGCGAUGGACAAGAGUUCCUGGUCAGAGGAUGGCUCCACAAGGAGAUGAAGGCGGGAGCCAAGAGUUCUGCUCUUAAACUGAAAAAGCGCUGGUUUGUCUUGACGCAUAAUUCUCUGGACUACUACAAGUCUUCUGAACGCAAUGCAUCCAAGAUGGGGACUCUGGUUCUAAACAGCCUGUGCUCUGUGGUCCAACCUGAGGAGAAGAAGUUUAAAGAGACUGGUUACUGGAACAUCAUAGUUCACGGACGUAAACAUUCAUAUCGUCUGUACACCAAGCUGCUGAAUGAGGCCAUGCGCUGGGUUUCUGCCAUUCAGGGUGUCAUUGACAACAAGGUGCCCAUUGAAACGCCCACCCAGCAGCUCAUCAGAGACAUCAAGGAAAACAGUGUUAAUUCUGAAGCUGUGGAACAAAUGUAUAGAAGAAACCCUAUCCUGAGAUACACCCAGCAUCCCUUGCACUCGCCUCUUCUGCCACUGCCCUAUGGAGAGGUCAGCGACAGCCUGCGAAAGGAAAAGGGCUACGGAAGCCUCCAGGAUGAAGCAGUGAAGAUCUUCAACUCUCUUCAGGAGAUGGAGAUCGUUUCAGACCCUGUCGCCAUCAUCCAGGGCAUCCUGCAGACCUGCCAUGACCUGCGGCCACUGAGAGACGAGGUUUACUGUCAGCUGAUCAAGCAGACCAAUCACGUGCCCCAGCCAAACAGCCCUGCAAACCGCGCACACUGGCACCUGCUCACCUGCAUGAGCUGCACCUUCCUGCCCAGCCGCGCCAUCCUGCGUUACCUUCGAUUCCACCUGAAGAGGGUUAGAGAGCGCUACCCUGGCACUGAGAUUGAGAAGUAUGCCCACUUUAUUGGUGAGUCCCUGAAGAAGACGAAGGCCAGGGAGUAUGUGCCCUCUCAGGAGGAGAUCGCCGCCCUGCUGAUUAGACAAGAGAUGACCACUACUGUGUACUGCCAUGGAGGAGGGUCCUGCAAGAUAUCCAUCAACUCACACACCACGGCUGGAGAGGUGGUGGAGAAGUUGAUUCGUGGGUUGGCCAUGGAAAACAGCAGGAAUAUGUUCUCUUUGUUUGAACACAAUAAGGUGGAGAGUCGGGCUAUAGAAAGCCGUGUGAUUGUGGCUGAUGUGCUCGCAAAGUUUGAGAGGUUAACAGGCAGUGAGGAGGAGGAGGAGGAAGGACCCUGGAGGCUUUACUUUAAGCUCUAUUGCUUUCUUGAUGUGGAAAGCAUGCCUAAAGAAGGAGUGGAGUUUGCAUUCAUGUUUGAGCAGGCUCAUGAGAGUCUAAUCAGUGGUCAUUUCCCAGCGCCUGAGGAAACCCUCCAGCACUUAGCAGCCCUGCGCCUGCAGUACAUCCAUGGGGAUGUGGCCCGGACGCCCUGGAGCCUGAGCAGUGUGUACCCCGUGGGGCGACUCCGCACACGCAUCUUCCAGUCCACCAAAGCAGGGGGCGCCGGAGUACCCGGUGCUGGUAUGGUCGGGCCUGGAGGGCACACUUUAGAACGCCGGAAGACCAACUUCCUGGACGGGACACUAAGGCGCAGCUUCAAGACGGGAUCGCUGAAGAAACAGCGUGUGGAGGAGGAACACAUGCUGGAGAUGUUUGUGAAGGAGGAGAUGUCUGCCACGCUGACCAGUGUGCUGGAGAAAUGGAGCCGUCUGCAGGGCAUGCCUCAACACCAGGCCAUGCUCAACUACAUGACCGUGAUCAAAGAGUGGCCAGGAUAUGGGUCUACGCUGUUUGAUGUCGAGUGUAAGGAAGGGGGCUUCCCACAUGAUCUGUGGCUGGGCGUCAGUGCUGAAAAUGUCUCGGUGUACAAACGAGGUGAACCCAAACCCCUUGAAACUUUCCAGUAUGAGCACAUUGUAUUCUUUGGAGCACCUCAGCCCAGCACUUACAAAAUCAUAGUUGAUGAAAGAGAGAUGUUCUUCGAAACGUCACAGGUGGGUGAAAUCACGAAGAUCAUGAAGGCUUACAUCAAUAUGAUCGUCAAAAAGCGCUGCAGCAUCAUGUCCAUCACCAGCAACAGCAGCGCCUGGAUGAGGUGAUCGACACCACCCAGAGCUCCAAAUGUACAGCUACACAACAUGACGAACGAGAAAUACACUACUGACGAAAGAGGAAAGCAGAGACUUCACCACUCCAAACGUUUCAACUCCUCUGUCUUACCUAUCCCGAAUACAACAGCACGCUCACCAUUAUUUAAUAUUUAUUCAGACUAAUUUCACCUUUACGAAGCACAAUGAAUUCUGGUAACCUGCUCACUGUUCCCCUCCCCUCACUGCCAGCACUCUGACUGAUGACCAAACGUGUUUAUUUACAUGCCUGUCCUCCAUUUUGUUUCCUUCUCUCUACCCUCAGAUUGCAGUCAGUGAUGUUGUACCCAACCACAACUCCUAUUUAAUGAUACCGAGGUGUGUAUAAUAUGCUUGUGUGCGAGAUCAGAAUUUGCACAGGCACACACAUUCACACAAGCGUAUGUUUUGUGGAGCACACGCAGAGCUAUUUUGUAAAGCCAUGAAAGCACUAAGUAGGAGAAAUAUGCGUUAACAUUCCCAUUCAUUUCAAUGGCAGCUGCUAGGCUGGCGCAGGACCCGCAGAACUAUAAGAUAUAAAUUCUGCAAUUCUUCGCUUAUGGCUUCUGCUCAUGCUUACAUCAAGGUUUAUCAGCCAAUCACCUGAGACUUAGAUGCCAUGUGACUAAACAAAUGACAUCAUGGCAGCACUGAUUGGGUGAUGGUGCAGCAAGGAAUAUAUUAUUCACAUAUUAGACACCUAUUGUAUAAUGGAAGAUGUGCAAUCUACUGAAUAGUUGCGCCCCAGGAAGUGUAGUGAAAACAUCUACCAGUAGGGGGCCACCAUGAGUCAGUCAGCCAAUCAGAUUGCAGUUUAUCUGUGGCCAGAAGCAUAUGGAUAUCUGUGUGGCUCCUCACACAUUAUCAAUGCAACAAACGUCCUAUUUUGUAUUACAUGCCAGAGUCUAUAAAUACAUAUGCUGAAGUGUUACAUUUGAUACUGUGUCUACAAUUAUUCGUAUUUACAUUCGUUGGGAUGUUUGCUUUUCUGUUCUUUUGCAAAGCGUGUGUAACUUUAACUGUACCGGUGCACAAAAACACACCCAUUUUGGUGACCUAUAGCGUUGAAUGAAAAAUGCAAGUCAUAGGUAUCAAGGUUUGCUAUUGCUGAAAUCAGAUAAUGGCGGCUUACAAUGCAAGUGAUGAAAAGAGGCAGUAUCGGUAGACAAGUAUUAAGCUACAGAAGAUUCAAUAAGCAUGUUUUUGUACUGGUUCAAUGCAUAUACAUAACAAUACUUGUGCAACACUACAGUUUUUAUGUUACAGCCUUAUUACAAAAUGGACUAAAUUAAUUUAUUUGCUCAAGAUUUUACACACAAUACCUCAUAAUGACGAU